UAAUUCUGGGGAAAAAAAAACAAACGGCUUAACCCACUGCGAUCAACUGAUCUUCACAAUAUCCCCACAUGAAAUUGACUUCACCAAGUUUAAUUUCUGCUAUUAAUUUCAAAGAAAUAAGAAUUCAUAGUUUUUUGUCGUGAGCUAAGCUGAAAAUGGCGUACCAAUGCAGCAAUCUGGUAGCAGCUGCACAAUCGCGGCCUCUAACUCGUAAUCCUCGCUUGCCCAGUAGAAUUGCAAACAGAGACAUGUCAGAUUGCUGUAUUGAUCAACCUACAUCUGUUAGAUUCGGAGUCCAGACAGCAAUAUCAGGUCUUGUGGCAUCAGUUGUAUUGUUAUCUCAGACGGACAUGGCCACAGCAGCAAAUAUUUCUCCAAGUAAUAUAUCCCAGCUAGCAAGUGUUGCAGACAACAAGCUGGUUCUUCCUUUCGAGACUGAUGAGCAAAAUGGAGUGAUGAUGUCGAUGAGAGGAAUGUCUGUGAAGAACUUUGAUCCGGCCAGAUAUGCUGGGAGAUGGUUUGAAGUAGCUUCCCUUAAACGUGGGUUUGCCGGGUCAGGUCAAGAAGAUUGCCACUGUACUCAGGGCGUUUAUACAUAUGACAUGGACGCACCUGCAAUUCAGGUCGAUACAUUUUGUGUUCACGGAGGGCCUGAUGGUUAUAUUACAGGCAUAAGGGGAAAGGUUCAAUGCCUUUCUGAAGAAGAUAAGGAUAAGACUCAGACGGAUCCUGAGAACACAGAGAUGAUCAAGCAGAAGUGUUACCUCCGUUUCCCUACUUUACCGUUCAUCCCCAAGGAACCCUAUGAUGUAAUAGACACUGAUUAUGACAACUAUGCCCUUGUUUCUGGAGCUAAGGACAAAAGUUUUAUACAGAUAUACUCGAGGACGCCUAACCCGGGAUCAGCAUUCAUAGAAAAGUACAAAUCUUCACUGGCAGAGUUGGGUUACGAUCCUGACAAAAUCAAAGAUACCCCACAAGACUGUGAGACUAUGUCGAAUAGCCAGCUUGCAGCGAUGAUGUCCUUGUCCGGGAUGCAACGAGCUCUCACCAACCAGUUCCCUGAUCUUCAGCUAGAUAAGCCUCUUGCUCUUGAUCCGUUCACCAGCGUCACCGACACUCUCAAGAAGCUCCUCGAGCUUUAUUUCAAGUAGAGACAUUCUAUGUAAAUCCAUCUCCAAAUGACACCUGACCCUUUGUAUAAUACAGAAUUGAGCAAACUCUGUCUGAAUUUCCCGUUCA